AUGAUUAAAUCCAAGGCUAGAAAACUUAGGAGAUACCUUAGGCGGGUAUUCUCGGGUUCGAGUUAUAAACAUCAAAGACAACAGACGUCUUUUCCGUCGAUAUCCCAAGAGAUAGGACAACCCGAUCAAAACUUUACAUCCACAAAUAAUAACAACAUCAACCCGAGACAGCAACUUGUAGAAUCUAGAGUUAAACCUCAAAACUCAAGCCCAAGCAGACGACGAAAUUCUCUUAAACGGCAUAAUUCGGUUAAUCCGCUUGGUAAACAGCAAUAUAAUUCAGAUGCUCAGUUAUCGAUAAACACAAAGCCGGAAGGCUUGCGAAAAACACCAGCAACAACAACGCAACCUUUUGAUUCGUCUACUCUUAAGCGGACUUGGACUUUGAAACGUCGUCCCCCCAGUCCUCCAUCAUACAUGCUUGUUGUACCUGACCCUGCUGAUGUCUUUAUACCGACAAUUAAACUUACACCGGCACCAAAAUGCAUAAAUGGCUGUACUGCUCAGCAUGGAUACAGCCCAACGGAUGUACAGGAAAUGAAUACAGAUCUCCUUAAUCCGUAUUUUCAAAGCAAGAGGCGGAGAAAUACAACAGGCAGGACUCGAUCAAAUGGUAGAAUUCAACAAUAA